AGAGGAGAGGUAUGGUAUUAUAUGCUGGGGAGAGUAAGAAAAUAUAUCAUCAUUCUCUGCUUUUUGGCUGUGGGUAUUGAAUGCUUAAUUGGUAAUUACUAAUUAGAACCUGCAGAGAGGCGACAUACGGACGACGGAGCAGAGGAGUGAAUCCGUUCGGAUAUGGCCCUGUCGCCGGCGUGAUUCCGUCCCAUCGGCUGCUUCUCUUACUCCGUUCCUCCCUCCUCACACUCUCUCUCUCUCUCUCUCUCUCUCUGACUCGCUCCACCGCCUGUUGGUUCUCGUCCUGCGUCUCCGUCUCGGUGCAGAGCGGUCGAUUGCCGCCUCGGCUGUCUCUUGUUCUCAGGUAGAAUAUCUCUGCUCCGAUCGUGCUGUUUAUGUCGAUAUCUGUUUAUUCUCCUGCCGAUUGCUUGUGGAAUUGGUUAAAGUUCUCUCUGCUUGUGGAUCUUUUGGUCGAGGAGUUGAAUUCCUCCUGGGGAUCGAUUAUGGAGAAGUGUCUCGUUCGGUGGAUAUAGCAGGCGGAUUGGGGUUUUUCGUAUCUCAAUUAGGUUCCUGUCGUGAUUCCUUUUAAUAGUUAGGCGUCUCUCUCUCUCUCUCUCCCCUUUCUCUGUUCUUGCCCCGAGAGGAGAGUUGAAUGUGGUUGGAUGGACUUCGUUAGUGCAGCAGCAUAGUUCUUUGUCUUUCAUUUGCUGUACUAUGCGCUCGUUUUUGCAGCUUUACUUGAUUAAAAUUCAUGCCAGUGGAUCUUCUGUUGAAUUUACUUGUGAAUUGUGUAUAAAAGCAUGGAAAAAGAUGAGCUUUUCCAUUUAAAGUGACUGGAAAGAGCGGAUUUUGGAUGCUUCCAAUGUUAAUAAUGGCAGGAAUUAUUUAGUUAACAUGAGUUUGUGCUUUGCUGUUGAACAUGUGUCUGUUGGGACAUGUUCAACUUUUCAUAGUUUAUCUACACUUAAACUAUUUUAGGCCUGAAAUGAAACUUGCUUGCUCGACUGAUUGGGGGCAAAAGCAAGUUGCUUGCAUACGUGAGGAGGAAGAAAGUAUGGAUGAAGCUGAAGCAGAUGGGGAGGCCUUCACCGAACUACAGCCUGUGGAGCAAGAGGACAAGAAGGAAGCUGAAACACCUGUAGAGCCCUCCACAGUGUUACAGACCAUAGAGCAAGCUGAAACACCCAGUGCAUCCAAUAAGUAUUUGGUUGCGAAGCAAGGGAGUAAAGAGGAAACUGAAACACCACCGGAGACCUUCCCUGAGUUGCAGAUUGUGGAGCAAGAGACAAAGAAUGAGUGUGAAAUGCCAUCAGAGGCAUCCGUUCGGUCUCGACCUCCAGAAAAGAAAGCUGCAAAUUCAUUGAAAGCCAGGGCUAAGAUGGUCAAUAAAUCUGCCGCCAAGAGCUUCUUGAAUGCCAAAAAUGGGAAAGCUGCUCUGAAAGUGCAGAAGAAAAUAGUGAAGAAGAACAAAGGAGCACCCCUGGUUAUCAAUGAAGGUAGCAAGGAUGGUGGAGAGACUGGGGGCGCCAAAGAAGAGUAUGUGGAGCAAGAGAACAAGAAGGAAGCUGAAACUCCCACGGAGGUCUCCACCAUGUUUCACAGUUCUGAGAAAGGGACUGGAAAGGAAGCUGAAAUGCCUGCUACCUCUGUCCAGGCUGAAGCUAUAUCUCCCCAAAAGAGAACUCCAAAUUCACUGAAAGUUGGAGCCAAGAUAGUAAAGAAAGUUUCGCCCAACAAAUUAUGGAAUACUGCAGGCAGGAAAGCUGCUCUUAACAAAGUUCAGAAGAAAAUAGUAAAGAACAAAUCGCUGGUUCUCAAUAGCAGUGGUAAGAAUUCAGGAGAAACCGCCAAUGACAAUACUCUGACAGUUAGUGUGACUGAUGUUAAGGACAAUCCAGGGAAUAAAAGAAAGGAUACUAGCCACAAUGACGAUAAGAAUGGCAGGGAGCCUGCUUUGGGUGACAUAAAUGAUAGUGGAAAGCAAAUCGUGCAGGGGAAAGGUGGGAAGACUAAAAGGAGACAGAGGAAACACGAGAAUAACCAAGGUCGCAGCUCAAAUGAUGGAGGCGAAAAUCCGAAGAAGAAUGAGAGGCUUGAGAGGGAGGAAAUGGACCAAGGGAAAAAGGGGAAGGAGGAGAAAGAAAAAAUUGGGGGUUUGAUCUUAUUGUGCAGCACAAAGACCAAGCCAGAUUGUUUGAAUUAUCGUGUCAUGGGUGUUCCUGAGAGCCAAAAAGAUAUGGUCUUGGCGGUCAAACCUGGUCUGAAGUUAUUCUUGUAUGAUUUCGAUCUCAAGCUUAUGUAUGGGAUCUAUAAGGCAUCCUCUGCUGGAGGCAAGAAACUUGAGCCCCGAGCUUUUGGAGGGGCCUUUCCCUAUCAGGUGCGGUUUAGAACUCAUAUUGAUUGCUUCCCUCUUCCUGAGACCAUUUUUAAGAAGGCGAUGAUGGAGAAUUUCAUCACGAAACACAAGUUCAAAACAGAACUUACCUUUCAGCAGGUCAGAAAGCUCACAGAACUUUUCCGACCAGUGGAGAUCCACCCAAGUGUCCAACCACGACCAGACAAGUUUCCUCCCCGCUCUGCAAGAAAGGAAAGAGCCAGAGAUAGGGAUGCCCGUUUGAGCAUGAGUGAAUCUCAGCAUCAUUCACAAAGGGAAACAGUGCGAACUGAUCCUUACGCAGGGAGGGAUGAGAGGAGGUAUCCUUUGUUGGCUCGUGAAGGAGAUCGGCUCACUGCAAAUCGAGAGGUGAGAGCGGAACCUCCUCGAGAAAUGUUCCUGACAGAGGCAGACUACCGAGCUUAUGGUCUUCGAGGCUGGAGAAGGUACUCAGAUCUCCCCAGUCGUGCAGCUCCUCCAUUAGACCCGUACUGGGAAGAUUACGAGAAGAGGAGACAACCCGAUUUAGUUUACCGGGAUGCUGUGCCUGCACGUAGAGAGUAUGUCUAUGCGAAUCCCAGUUACUCGGACUAUAGAGACUGUCAGACUUACUCUUCUUAUGAUGCUAGAAGGGAAUAUCCUAUCGUCCAUCGGUAUCCAGAUUAUCAAAGAAGAGCUGCUGUCUCAUCUUCUGAGGCUUACCCGACUGAGUCCAACCGGGACUUGCGUAGGAGAGAGAGAGAUCCUGUUGAUAGAAUCUAUACAGAAUAUGAUAUGAGACGUUACCACAUCGCGGAUCCCGAUCUUGCGGCCCUGCCUGUUUCUUCCCGCUAUUCUUUUGCGGGUCCAAGGUAAGGUGCUGAGAAGGCUUUGUGCCUGAGUUGCAGCGUCGGGGAAGCAACUGUACAUUGUUUAGAUUAGCUUAUCAUUCUGUUAAUGUUGAGACAGUGUUUUCGGGGAAAACGAAAACUCUAUUUCAAAUAAUUUCUUUUUUUCGGUUUUUUUUUUUUUUUCAUUCCGUGCCUGAGCUCCUUUAUUUCACUGAGCCUAGCUUUGUCAAGCUCAAGCUAUAUUAACGAGCUGAGCUCGAGCUUAGACGUUCAAUUCAACAAUAUAAUUAUUCCUUUU